GGGCUACACCCAGUCAGGGAGUCUCCAGAGGUGAGGCUAUUGUUUAAAACCACAGAGCCAAGAAAGGGGACCCCCACAUUCCCAGGGAGCUUGCCAAGAGGUAUCUGGAGGAAAAGGGGAGCCCAGGAGCACCGGGUGACAUCCUCUCUGGGGACCUGCGCUGGCCCACGAUGACACCACUGCUCCUCUUGUGCCUCGCCUUGCCUGGCAUCCUGUGUGCCCAACAAGCCUGCUCCCAAGGGGCCUGCUACCCACCUGUUGGGGAUUUGCUCAUUGGGAGGACUCAGCUUCUUCGAGCCUCAUCUACCUGUGGAAUGACCAAGCCUGAGACCUACUGCACCCAGUAUGGAGAGUGGCAGAUGAAAUGCUGCAAGUGUGACUCCAGACUGCCUCACAACUACAACAGUCACCGAGUGGAGAACGUCGUGUCGUCCUCAGGCCCCAUGCGCUGGUGGCAGUCACGGAACGAUGUGAGCCCCGUCUCUCUGCAGCUGGACCUGGACAGGAGACUGCAGCUUCGGGACAUCAUGCUGGAUUUUAAGGGUCCCACGCCUGCUGGCAUGCUCAUCGAGCGCUCCUCUGACUUUGGCAAGACCUGGCGAGUGUACCAGUACCUGGCUGCAGACUGUGCCAGUGCCUUCCCCCAAGUCCUCCGGGGCCAGCCUCAGAACUGGCAGGAUGCACGGUGCCAGCCCCUGCCCCAGAGACCUAACAGACCUAAUGGGCAUCUAACUGGGGGAAAGGUCCAACUUAACCUUAUGGACUUGGCAUCCGGGAUCCCUGUAUCUCAAAGUAAAAAAAUUCAAGAGUUAGGGGACAUCACAAACUUGAGAGUCAACUUCACCAAGCUGGCCCCUCUGCCUCAGAGGGGCUCCUACCCGCCCAGUGCCUACUUUGCAGUGUCGCAGCUGCGUCUGCAGGGGAGUUGCUUCUGUCAUGGACAUGCCGACCGCUGUGCCCCCAGUCCCGGGGGCCCUGCAGGACCCUCCACUGCUGUACAGGUCCAUGAUGUCUGUGUCUGCCAGCACAACACAGCGGGCCCCAACUGUGAGCGCUGUGCCCCCUUUUACAACAACCUGCCAUGGAGACCCGCGGAAGGCCAGGACGCCCAUGAGUGUCAAAGGUGUGACUGCAAUGGGCACUCGGAGACAUGCCACUUCGACCCAGCUGUAUUUGCUGCCAGCCAGGGGACACAGGGAGGCGUGUGCGACAACUGCCGGGACCACACUGAGGGCAGGAACUGUGAGCGCUGUCAGCUACACUAUUUCCGGAAUCGACGCCCAGGUGCUCCGAUCCAGGAGACCUGUAUCCCCUGCGAGUGUGACCCGGAUGGAGCAGUGCCAGGGGCUCCCUGUGACACAGUGACCGGACAGUGUGUGUGCAAAGAACAUGUGCAAGGAGAACGCUGUGACCUCUGCAAGCCAGGCUUCACUGGACUCACUUUCGCCAACCCGCAGGGCUGUCACCGCUGUGACUGCAGCAUCCUAGGUGCCCGGCAGGAUAUGCCCUGUGAAGAGGAGACUGGGCGUUGUCUGUGUCUGCCCAACGUGGUGGGCCCCAAAUGUGACCAGUGUGCCCCCUCCCACUGGAAGCUGGCCAGCGGCCGGGGCUGCGAGCCCUGUGCCUGUGACCCACGCAACUCCCUCAGUCCCCAGUGCAACCAGUUCACAGGGCAGUGUGCCUGCCGGGAAGGGUUCGGUGGCCUGACAUGCAGUUCUGCAGCUCUCCGUCAAUGUCCAGACCAGACUCAUGGAGACAUGACUACUGGGUGCCGAGCCUGUGACUGCGACUUCCGGGGAACAGAGGGUCCUGGCUGUGACAAGACUUCAGGCCGUUGUCUCUGCCGCCCUGGCUUGACCGGGCGCCGCUGUGAUCAGUGCCAGCGAGGCUACUGUGACCGCUACCCAGUGUGUGUGGCUUGCCACUCUUGUUUCCACACCUACGACGCCCAGCUCCAGGAGCAGGCUCUGCGCCUUGGUGGUCUCCGCAACACCACCGAAGGCCUGAGGACAGGGACAGGUCUGGAGGACCAUGGCCUGGCCUCUCGGUUGCUAGAUGCCAAGACCAAGAUUGAGCAGAUCCGAGAGAUCCUGGGUGGCGCCUCGAUCACAGAGCAGGAUGUAGCCCAGGUGGCAAAUGCUAUCUUGACCAUCAGACAGAUGCUCCAGGGCCUGCGAGUGGAGAUGCCCCUAGAGGAAGAGAUGGAGUCCUUCUCAGGAGACCUGGGGAGUCUAGACAGAAGCUUCAAUCGCCUCCUCCUUAUGUACCAGAGCAAGAGGGAGCAGUUUGAAAAGCUAAGCACCAUGGAUCCUUCAGGAGCCUUCCGCAUGCUGAAUGCAGCCUUCGAGCAGUCCUCCCAGGCUGCACAGCAGGUGUCUGACAGCACCCGCCUGCUGAGCCUGCUCAAGGAGAGUCGCAGGGAGGCAGAGGAGCUGGAGAGGCAGGCUGGGGGAGGAGGAGGGGCUGGAGGACCCCAGCUUGUGACCCUGCGUCUGGAAAUGGCUUCGCUGCCCAACCUGACACCCACCAUCAACAAGCUCUGUGGAAGCUCUAGGCAAACGGCCUGCACACCAGGCACGUGCCCUGGAGAACUGUGUCCCCACGACAAUGGCACGGCCUGUGGUUCUCGCUGCACAGGAACCCUGCCCAGGGCUGGAGGGGCCUUUCACAUGGCAGGGCAGGCAGCCGAGCAACUACGGGACUUCAACUCCCAGCUCCAGCAGACCAGGCAGAUGAUCAGGGCCGCAGAGGAAGCUGCCUCACAAGUCCAGUCAGAUGCCCAGCGCCUUGAGACCCAGGUGAGCACCAGCCGCUCCAAGAUGGAAGAAGAUGUCCAGCGCACACGACUUCUCAUCCAGCAGGUCCGGGCCUUCCUUGCAGACCCGGACACAGAUGCAGCCACCAUUCAGGAAGUCAGCGAGGCAGUGCUGGCUCUCUGGCUGCCCACAGACUCUGCCACGGUGCUUCGCAAGAUGAAUGAGAUCCAGGCCAUCGCAGCCAGGCUCCCCAACGUGGACCUGGUGCUGUCCCAGACCAAGCAGGACAUUGCACGGGCCCGCAGGCUCCAGGCUGAGGCUGAGCAGGCCAGAAGCCGAGCCCAUGCUGUGGAAGGGCAGGUCCUUGGGCCAGCGGGAAGGCUGGUAACAAGCAUGAUGGAGCAGAUGAGUGGUUUCUGGGAGCGAAUGGAGGAGCUCCGUCGCCAGGCCCGGCAGGAGCAGGCACAGGCAGCACAGGCCCAGCAACUUGCAGAGGGUGCCAGUGAGCAGGCCCUGAGUGCCCAGGAGGGCUUUGAGAGGGUAAAGCAAAAGUAUGCAGACUUGAAGGACCGGCUGGGUCGGAGCCCCAUGCUGGGUGAGCAGGGCAGCCGGAUUCUGAGCAUCAAGACAGAGGCAGAGGAGCUGUUUGAGGAGACCAUAGAGAUGAUGGACAGAAUGAAAGACAUGGAGUCGGAACUGCUGCGUGGGAGCCAGGCUGUCAUGCUGCGCUCAGCGGACCUGACAGGGUUGGAGAAGCGCGUAGAGCAGAUCCGCAGCUAUAUCAAUGGGCGCGUGCUCUACUAUGCCACCUGCAAAUGACCUCCAGCCCGAACCCACACAUCUUCCCCCUCGGCCUUGGAAGGGCACACUGAGGGGAGUGUCUCCUGGCCCUAGGAGACUGUGAUGUAGUCUGGUGUGUAGCUGGUAGAGAACCUGGACUGCCAUUGAGCCUGUGCCGAUACGACAUGGCAUUCAAGGGAGAGGCAGUGCAGGGGCUGUGCCGUCAUGGCUAGGUGCUCUCUAGCCAAGGAAGUUGAGCUGGACAGCACCCUCUCCCCAUGUUGGAAUUGGGACCAAUACAGACACUGAACAAAAUGGGAUGUAGAAACUCAAAACCCAAUAAAAAUCUUUGGAUAGGA